GUUAAAGCCGAAAAUUAUGCAAAUUUAACAUUUUUGACGCAAAUAAUUCGAGAAUUAAUUAUAUCUUUACAAUGUGUCUGCUAGUUGACACAUACUUAGUUAAUGUCUCCGUGUCGAACUCGUCUUCCGUCUAUAUUGCGCUUUGGUUUGGAGUCCACCAAGAUCUUUAACUGAUCGGCAAUAACGAGGCACACAUAAACAUGUAUUUUGUGUUAUCUUAUGCAUAAUUAAUGAAAUUAAAUCGUACGCGUCACUUGACUUGAACUUGGGCGCCACCGGCAGACGCAAACAUAGCAUCAUCGGUAUCAUAUAAAAAGCCGGCAAAUGUUUCAGUUCGAUAUCAGUUAGCCUUCUCAAGUCUUUCAAUAAACAACAUGAAGUUCUUCAUUGCUUUCGCCUGCCUGUUGGCCCUCGCUGCCGCCAACGAAGAUGCCAAUGUCCUCCGCAACGACGCAGAGGUGAACGUGGACAGCUUCAAGUCCGCACUCGAGCUCGACAACUCUGUGAAACUCCAGCAGGAGGGUAGCCUUCACGGUGAUGAGUGGAUUGUUAAGGGAAGCCAAGCGUGGACCUCUCCCGAAGGCGAGAACGUGGCCAUCGAAUACGUCGCCGAUGCCAACGGUUACCAGGUGCUGUCCGCCAACCCUCCUCUGCCCACCCCACCCCCAAUCCCAGAGGCCAUCAAGCGCGCCAUUGAGUGGAUUGCCGCCCACCCUUCCAAGGAAUAAAUAUUAUAAAUAAUUGUGUUAAAAAUAUAUGUGU